CUCGGCAGAGAGCAGCAGCAGCAGCAGAGCAGAAGGUCUCCUUUGCAAAGGGAGAGAGAGAGAGAGACUUUAUCAAAGACCUGGAGAACCGACCAGAUCAGCCAGGGGCGGGCGAGAAGGGACCGACCCGCGCUCUCUCACUUCUCCCUCGGAAAAGUCAGCACUGCCGGCGAGGGAGAGGAGCGAGGCAUCCAGUGUAGCCGGACAGCCGAGGCCCAGCCUGUCUCUGAGGGGCGCGUGGGCCCGGGAGCGGCCAGAAAUAUGGUAGCCUAGGCAGGACUCUGCGCCAGGCAGAGACACGGAGGGACUUCCUCGGAAGCCUCCCGAGCUUUGGAUGCUUGCAAGAGGCCUCCACCUCGGAGCAGGAAAGGGACCUCACUGGCUCGGGGGGAGAGAAGGGGGACCCCCACGCUGCUAUCUCUGCGCCGCCGCCGCCGAGCGAGCAGGAAAAGAGGAGGCCGAGGAAGAGGUCGCCGCUGCCCUGGACGCCGAGCCCAGCGGUGCCGCCGCCCUCGCAGCCCGGGAGCGGCUCCGCAGCCCUUACAGCCCGGCCGCGGCCGCCCGAAGGAGGAUGCAUUUCAGCGCCGUGACCCGGGACAUGGAAGCCAUCUCCAGCCCUUGGCUCACGCAGCUGUCCCAUUUUUGCGAUGUUGCAGCUUUCACCGCCAACAGCCUGAGCAGCCUCAACGCCUCGGCGGCGGCGGCGGCCGGCUAUCACCACCUCUCCCCUUCGCCGGGGGACCCCUACGGCCAGCAUGAGCCGGCGCACUACGAACCUUGCUCGGCUCAGCAGCAGCAGCAGCAGCACCCGCAGCCUCAGCCGCCGCCGCAACACCACCACGCCAGUCAGCAGCAGCAGCAGCAGCAGCUCGGCUAUGCCUUCCCAGGCGGCUCCGGUUCCAACCCUCCGCAGCCACCGGCUGGCCCUGACACCCCCGAAAGUGGUGGCGGAGGAGGCGGCGGCAGCGGAGGCGGAGGGGGAUCGGCUCCGUCUUCGGCCAAGGCGCCCGUCAAGAAGAACCCCAAAGUGGCCAACGUCAACGUCCAGCUGGAGAUGAAGGCGCUCUGGGACGAGUUUAACCAGUUGGGAACCGAGAUGAUCGUCACCAAGGCCGGCAGGAGAAUGUUCCCCACUUUCCAGGUGAAGAUCUUCGGGAUGGACCCAAUGGCUGACUACAUGCUCUUAAUGGACUUUGUACCCGUGGACGACAAACGAUACCGAUAUGCCUUUCACAGCUCCUCUUGGCUGGUGGCCGGCAAAGCAGACCCUGCAACACCAGGGAGAGUUCAUUACCAUCCAGAUUCCCCUGCUAGGGGAGCCCAGUGGAUGAAACAGAUUGUCUCCUUUGAUAAACUCAAGUUGACUAACAAUUUAUUGGAUGACAAUGGACAUAUCAUUUUGAACUCCAUGCACAGAUACCAGCCUCGUUUCCACGUGGUCUACGUGGAUCCUAGAAAAGACAGUGAGAAAUAUGCAGAAGAGAACUACAAAACCUUUGUCUUCGAGGAGACCCGCUUCACUGCAGUGACUGCCUACCAGAACCAUCGGAUAACCCAGCUGAAGAUUGCCAGCAACCCUUUUGCUAAAGGAUUCCGAGACUGUGACCCAGAAGAUUGGCCCAGGAACCACCGGCCUGGAGCCUUGCCUCUCAUGAGUGCUUUUGCCAGAUCCAGAAAUCCAGUAUCUUCCCCAGUGCACCAGAACGGGACGGAGAAAGAUACCAUGGAGGGUCGGCGGGAAUACGAGAGGGAAGCAGGCAGCGGGACACCUCUCCAUGCAGAUCCCGCGCACCAGCAGCUUAUGUCUCGAGUACUAAGCCCAGCACUCCCUGUGCCCGGCGGAGGGGGCCUGGUUCCUCUCACCAGCCCAGCAGGAAGCCGGCCCAGCCCCCCACAUCACGAACUGCGGCUGGAGCCCCCUGCUUCGGAGCCCCUCCAUCACCAUCCCUACAAGCAUCCGGUCUCGGCCUAUGACCAUUACCUGGGAGCAAAAAGCAGACCAGCACCCUACCCUUUGCCCAGCAUCCGGGGACACACUUACCAUCACCACCACCAUCAUCACAUGAAUCCGGCAGCGGCAGCUGCAGCGGCAGCAGCAGCUGCAGCCGCCAACAUGUACUCCACUGCAGGAGCUCCUACCAGCUAUGACUAUGGACCAAGAUAACCUUCCCGACACAAGGUCCUCUAGUGACAUGAUUGGCUUUCUGCAUGGUUUGAACGGCUCGGUAGCGUACGUUUUUGGAGAGCACUAUCUUGUUGAAAGAACUCGUGUCCCCCUCAAAAAAAAGCCCUUCCCUGUUUCUGUGAGGGGGGGUUUCUUUUGUCUCUUGCACAUGCUUUCUACUCCUUUACGCUUCCCCUCCUUGCGCAAUCAGAUUCAUCAUUCAAGACUUGCUUUCCUUCCUUAUCCCAGAGAAGGAAAUGAGCAGCCUGCUUUAUUUGGCAGACCAAGCCUGGAUGCAGGCGGUGGUGGGGAGUGACUUCCCUGGGAGCAUUUUGCACCGCCUGUCACCCUCUUUGGAGGUCAUCCCCACCCCUCCCCGCAGACACAGUGAUUGGCAGCUGUACUCCCCUCCCUUUGUUUUAUAAAUGAAGCCAUAUGUUGUUUUACCCCCUUGCUGCCGUCGCCAUAAUAACCUUUUAGCGUUCAUGUGGCUCUAUACCCGUUCACUGGGCUUGUAGGAUGCUACUUCCAGCACUACCGUGACAUAGGUAGGUCAGACGAUCCUGUCGAUGGGGCUGUGGACCGAAAGCGCAAGAAUCAAAGCGGUCAGGUGUUGUUUUUGCCGAAAAACCCAGUGGGACGUAGAUGGCGAGCUGUGUCCCUGAGCUGAUGGGGUCGAUCUGCCUUCCCCAAGUCGAUGCUCCCCCCAGAAGAUUUGGGCUAUGACUCCCAUCAGCCCCAGGCAGCAUGGCCCCAGAGGUCAGGGACGAUGGGAGCUGUAGUCCAACGGCAUCUGGAGGAUGCCAGGUUGAGAAAGCAGGUGUAGAUCCAGUAGUCAGUGUAACAGUGUGGAUCACUAUUCAGUGGGAGAGCAAAUGUUUUGCAUGGGGAAGACCCCCAGGUUGCAUCUCCGGUUCAGUGGAGCAGAUGGCAGAUGAUGGGAAAGGCCUGUGCCUCUGAGACCCUGGACAGUUGCUGCCAGUCAGAGUCGAUGAUACUGGGCUAGACAGGCGAAUAGUCUGACCUGGUAUAAGGCAGUUUCCUUUGUCCCUUUCUAGCAGAGGCAGAGUGCUGCUGUGCAACAGACAUGCAUGACCUACAGGUGCACCGAACCUCAACAGUGGACCUUGCAUGGCCAGACCUUGUCAUUUGCAUGGCAGGCUGGUGCCCUUGCCAAAGUGCUCAUUCCCCAACACCAAUCGUGGCCUCGGUCUGCCAUCCACCACACAGUCCCCUCAUGUUCAGAGGUACAAAUUUGUGUCUCGGCCCGUUCAGCUUAGUCCCCAAACCAUACAGGCUGUCCUAGAAGCACUGCCGGUAUCAUCACCAGCAGUACUGUCCUAUCCAGUGGCAGCUAGUGGCUCCGUGUCAGCCGGCCAGUGGAAUCCAUUCUGGGUUUUAGUCUGAAGUGCCAAGGAGCUGUCCAGGGUGCUUCACCACGGAUUCCAUCAAAAAUGCUUUCCUACUCAACCACACAGUAUUUCCGCUGAAUGCAAAAGUGGGUGUGUUAUAGAAGGCCCGUCAGAACGGUUGCACAUCUACCCAAAAUGUGCUAUGUCGAGAGAGGCUUUCAGAACGUCAAGUAGUUUUGAAUGAGAUAUACAAUUAUAUGGUUUUGUCCUCGGUCUCUGAUGAGUUCCAUAAGGGCAAUACUGAAAGUAAGAAGGAGGAAACUGUCAGCUAGGGCCACCCCCACAGCCUGGCUGUAUGUAAGAAGGCAGGCAGAUGGGAGCUGGCUGAGGAAGGAGACUGAGUUCGGUGGGGCACUGUCCAAAUUGCCCUAAUGCACCAACCUUCGCUGUCUCCAUCGAUCUAUCUAUCGAUGGAUAGCUAGAUAAGACAGAGUUCAAGCAAUAUAAAAUCUUCACUUGCCUAAGAGAAAAUAAUUAGACCAGCUUCAUGAACUGAACAGAAUUUCAAGGAAGUAAAUUCCACUUAUAUCAAUAAUAUAAAUAUUUGGAUGUGGGGGUCCAGAGGGAUGUCAACCUGCAGUGUGCCUUAUUUUAUAGAAAGGAUGGCUACAAAUAACUUGAUGAUAGGCAGCACUUCCCAGGGAUACUUCUUUUGCACCAGGAGGCUUUUGUUGGAAGCAAAUCAGGCUCACCUACCACUUUCGAACAACCACUUGUUUCUUUGCAAGAGAAAGAAAACAUGGCUUGAUUCACACAUUUAUUUGGGGCAAACCCAACUUUGGCCCUGAGUGUAUGCGCAAGGGAGAGUUGCAGCCAAUCGGAGUUCCCCGAUGAGUGUCCCUAUAUGAUACACAUGUUUGUUGCAUUCGCUCAUUGUAUUAUUAGGUGUACGCUUUAAACAUGCCAUAAGAUUUGGUGAUGGCUGCUCUGGUUUAGAUGGCUUUUAAAGGAGACGAGAGAAAUUUGUUGCAGGAAAGUCUACCAAUAACUCUUGCCAGCAGUUAAAUAGAACUUCCAUGGCCAGAGGCAGUGUGUAUAUUCCAGUAGUUAGGGGAAGGGGGGGAAUGGUGUGAAUGCCAUUUCCUUAAUGCCUUGAUUAUGGGCUUCCCAGAAGCUUCUGGCUGGCCACCAUGAGAAACAGCAUGCUGGACUGUCAGUCAGACCACGGCUCCAUCUAGUUCAGUCUUGUCGACACUGACUGGCAGCAGUUGUCCAGGAUUUCAGGCAGGAGUCCUCCCCAGCCCUACCUGGAGAUGCCAGGGAUUGAACGUGGGCCUUUCUGCGUGCAAAGCAGGACCUCUAGCGCUGAGAUAUAGCCCUUCUCCAUUGCGACCCAAAUCUAGCCUAAAAGUACCCAGGCUUUGGGCGCGACUUCCCCCUUCAUGCCUCUUCACUCCAAAUUUGACAGGAUCUCCUUCAUCUCCUGCCCCCCGCCUUCCGUGGGACAUAUAGCAUUACUACUGCAGGGUAAUGUCUAUUGCAUGUUCAGCAGCAACUUCUCUGCUUCCCAAAGGGUUUGGGAGCAUUCAGGAGAAGUGUAGUCAAAGCGUAGUUAUUUUUUAUUUUACUGUUGCAAAAAAAUCUGGGUCAGUUGCAGCUUGUUGUGCAAGAAGGAUCCUUUUAUUUAGAAAAAGAUAUUUGCAGUAGAACUGUGCAGUCUUUCAAGGGUCGGACUAAACCAUAUUGUCAAACACUGCCUUAAAGAACAUGUCUGGCACAAUACUGCAGUCUUCCCCAACGUGGUGUCUGCCAGCUGUUUGGGGCUAUCAUUCCUAUCAGCCCUGUGCUGACCAGGGCUGAUGGGAAUUAAAGUCCAAAACAGCUGCGUUGGCUGAGCCUGAUGGGAGCUGUAGUCCAAACAGCUAUGCUAGCUGGGCCUGAUGGGAGUUGUAGUCCAAAACAGCUGGAGGGCACCAGGUUGGCAAAGGCUGCAAUAUUGCUUCAUGUGCAUCGUUAGCCCAGCUUGGAGAAAAUGCUCUUUCUGUGUGCACUUGUGCUUCUGCCGCUGAUAUUUCUGAAUUCUCGGAAGGAUUUUCUUCCCCAUUACAUGGAUUCGUGCCAAAGCUUUGGGUCAAGCCUUUCACAACGUUGGUAUAUUUAUUAUUAUUAUUAUUAUUAAUUAUUAUUAUUUUCUUCCUUUCAGCGAUUAUGCAAUUUGUGCUGUGUGUGUGUGUGUGUUUUCCUCUUGAUUGUUGCAGUGUAAAGAGAAGAAGAAGAAAUUCAACUCAACCAAAGAGAC